UUUUCAUAUCUUUUUGCAAAACCUUCACAUGCAAACAAGUUAAUCUUUCUUCUUCAUUCUUGUCAUCUUGAGAAAAAAAUAACUAGAAAUAUAGUCAAAAAAUUAAGCUAGCUAUCUUCAUGUCUAACCCACUCUUGACUUUGUGUUUUCUUUCUUCCAUUCUUGCUCUCACUUUGUUCUUCUUUUUCAUCCAAAGAAAGAAAACAAAGUUUUAUCUUCCACCUGGAAAAAUGGGGUGGCCCUUUAUUGGAGAAACCAUUGGUUAUUUGAAGCCUUACUCCGCCACUACAAUGGGAGAAUUUAUGGAGAAUCACAUAGCAAGGUAUGGUACAAUUUACAAGUCAAACUUGUUUGGAGAACCAGCAAUUGUAUCAGCAGAUGCAGAGUUCAAUAAGUUCAUAUUACAAAAUGAUGGAAAAUUGUUUGAGGUUAGUUAUCCUAGAAGCAUUGGUGGAAUACUUGGGAAAUGGUCAAUGUUGGUUUUAGUAGGUGACAUGCAUAGAGACAUGAGGAAUAUUUCACUUAAUUUCAUGAGCCAUGCUAGGCUUAAAACACAUUUUUUGAAAGAUAUGGAGAAUCAUACCCUUUUGGUUUUAAGCUCUUGGAAAAAUGAUUGUACAUUCUCAGCUCAAAGUGAAGCAAAAAAGUUCACCUUCAAUUUAAUGGCGAAACAAAUCAUGAGUUUGGAUCCAUGGAAUCUUGAGACAGAAGAGUUGAAAAAAGAGUAUGUCUCUUUUAUGAAAGGUGUUGUUUCUGCUCCUUUGAAUUUGCCAGGAACUGCAUACAGAAAGGCAUUAAAGUCUAGGAAGACCAUAUUGAAGUUCAUAGAGAGAAAAAUGAAAGAAAGAAUGAAAAGAAUGCAAGAAGGAAAAAAAGGAUUGGAAGAAAAUGAUCUUUUGAAUUGGGUUCUAAAGCAUUCAAAUCUUUCAACUGAGCAAAUUCUUGACUUGAUUCUGAGUUUGCUGUUUGCUGGUCAUGAAACAUCAUCUGUAGCUAUAUCUCUAGCCAUCUACUUUUUGCCUGGUUGUCCUCAAGCUAUGCAACAAUUAAGGGAAGAACACAGAGAAAUAGCCAGGUGCAAAAAGAAAGCUGGAGAAAAUGAAUUAACUUGGGAUGAUUAUAAAAAAAUGGAUUUUACUCAUUGUGUUGUGAAUGAAACACUAAGAUUGGGAAAUGUUGUGAGGUUCCUCCAUAGGAAGGCUAUCAAAGAUGUUUGGUACAAAGGUUAUGACAUUCCAUGUGGAUGGAAAGUUCUUCCUGUGAUUUCAGCGGUGCAUUUAGAUCCUUCAAAUUUUGACCAACCUCAACACUUCAAUCCUUGGAGAUGGAAGGGUAAUAGUAAAUAUGGAAAUUGUGGAAACAUAAACAGUAACUUUAUGCCAUUUGGAGGAGGACCAAGACUAUGUGCAGGAUCAGAGUUAGCUAAACUUGAAAUGGCAGUUUUCAUACACCAUAUUAUCCUGAACUAUAAUUGGGAGCUAGUUGAUGUUGUUGAUCAACCUAUUGCAUACCCUUUUGUUGAGUUUCCUAAAGGUCUACAAAUCAGAGUCCAAGCCCAAAUCCAACCCCAAACUUAAGCCCAAGCCCACUCUGUAAUAUGAACAAAAUAGAUAUUAGGUUAUUUUGUUUCUCAUUAGUAUUACUAUAAUACAUGUACACAUUUGUAAAUUUUAUGUGUUUGAUUCACAGAUCCAGUACUACAUGUCAU